ACAGUAAGCUAUAGUAAAAUGGUGUUCCUGACCACAAAGAGAUAAAACCACAAUUAACCUUGCCGUUUUAUUUGAUGUUUUAAAUUAUCGAGCGUUAUGUUUUGAUGCCUUGAACAGGUAAACCAAUGAUAUUCAUUAUACUAACUAUCCUGGGUCUGGGUCUGAAUGUGUCCACACAGGACGGACUUGAAAUUCAGAACCACCUGGCAGUGGAAAAACGAGCACAGCAUGAACAAUUCGGUACAAACUGGUGCAGACACGAGGAGAAACGUAUCCACCUGAAUAAUGAGGGAACUGGUGAAGAAGCAGGGUACUGUGUAGGAAACGGUUAUAUCCACGCCGAAUUCAAAACACUGGACGAAGCUAAGGAGGCAUUUGAUCGGAGACCAAUGGAUACCUGCGGGGGUAUUUCUCUGGAUAUAGAUUUGAAGUUGUACACUUUGAGGAGUGGUCCUGUAGUACUUGAGGAGAGUUUUAUAAACGAGGUUGCUUGGACUCCUUGUACGGAGGAAGAGCAGAUUAAAGUGGAUGCUGAUGCUGGGAGGAACGAUAACCAGGGAGGAUGGGAUGUGUACGACGGAAGAUAUCUGGGAGGGUAUUGUACUUCAGACUAUGCUUACGAUACUCUAGACGAAUGUAAGGAAGCAUACAAACAUACUAAUCCACCUGGCAAGUGCGGCGGUAUUACCUACGAGAAUGUCAAAGCAGGAGAGUACGUGUUAAAGGUAAUGUGUGACGACACCUCAACCAUCUACAUAGACGGUCAAAAGAAAGACGUUCCCGGACCCAACAACUGGGGCCAACUAGCAACUCUGAAAAUCCCAGCUUCAACCAACACCAUCGGCAUCCAAUGUCACAACGGCGGCGGAUCGUGUGGCAUUACAGCUGAAGUCACGGACGAAACAGGGCAGGUUUUACUGGUGUCUGAUAACUCUUGGAAGUGCUCAAACAAAGAGGAAGACGGCUGGACUGCUGAUGGUUUCACUGAGGACGACAGUUGGAAACCAGCAGCGGAGAACCGGCCGUUUAUAACUGGGUGUUAUCUUUCUGAUGAGAGAGCGUGGAAGGGCAUGUCCAUGGAUAAGAAGGUUAUCUGGACUGAAAAUAAGGAUUCCACAGUUUACUGCCGUAGAGAAUUGCCACAAGGUAAAUACACUCUACGACAAGGAAGAGACCCACAAGAUAGUCCAAACGGGGCUGUCACGUGGUACCCUAUGAGAAAUGGUAGUUGGAAAGAAGAUUCCAAGACGCAAAAGGCUGAGAAAAAGAAGGUAGCACGAGAAAAAGAAAGAAAAGCCAAGGAAAAAAGUGCGGAAGCUAAAUUUACAGCAGAUACAGAGAUAGAUAUCUCGCAGGAGUACACAAAUUUAGCUCUGAACCAGCAAGCCGAGCAAAAAGACACCGUAUCAACUAGAACUGCCUUAAAAGCAGUAGAUGGUAACCGGGAUGGCAAUUGGAGUGGCAAGUCGCUCUCCAGCACGCGCUCAAAAAAUGGCUGGUGGAGAGUAACACUUAGCAAAGUAUAUUACAUUUCCUACAUUGAUGUCUACAACCGGAUGGAUAAAAGCCAGGAGAGACUGAGAAAUGCCCAACUAUCCGUGGAUGGAACACUUAUUGGGACUAUACCACAGGUCUCAGGGGUGCAAAAAUACACAUUCCCUGUUGAUAAAGAUGGGCAAGUGGUUCAGAUAAAAGGAGUUUCUGGUCAAAAACUUCAGCUUGCAGAGGUUGAGGUAUACGGCCGCGACAGUGAAUCAAAAAGUGGAGAAUACGUGUUAAAGGUGAUGUGUGACGACACCUCCACCAUCUACAUAGACGGUGAAAAGAAAGACGUUCCCGGACCCAACAACUGGGGCCAACUCGCAACUCUGAAAAUCCCAGCUUCAACCAACACCAUCGGCAUCCAAUGUCACAACGGCGGCGGAUCAUGUGGCAUUACAGCUGAAGUCACGGACGAAACAGGGCAGGUUUUACUGGUGUCUGAUAACUCUUGGAAGUGCUCAAACAAAGAGGAAGACGGCUGGACUGCUGAUGGUUUCACUGAGGACGACAGUUGGAAACCAGCAGCGGAGAACCGGCCGUUUAUAACUGGGUGUUAUCUUUCUAAUGAGAGAGCGUGGAAGGGCAUGUCCAUGGAUAAGAAGGUUAUCUGGACUGAAAAUAAGGAUUCCACAGUUUACUGCCGUAGAGAAUUGCCACAAUUGCCAGAUGGAAAAGAAAGUACGGAAGUUAAAUUCACAGGAAAUGCAGAUGGGUGGGUUAAGUACGAAGGGAAAUACCUGGAGGGGUACUGUACUUCUAACUAUGCCUACGAAACAUUUGACGAAUGUAGGGAAGCUUACAAACAUACUGAUCCGCCUAGCAAGUGCGGCGGUAUUACCUACGAGAAUGUCAAAGCAGGAGAGUACGUGUUAAAGGUGAUGUGUGACGACACCUCCACCAUCUACAUAGACGGUGAAAAGAAAGACGUUCCCGGACCCAACAACUGGGGCCAACUCGCAACUCUGAAAAUCCCAGCUUCAACCAACACCAUCGGCAUUCAAUGUCACAACGGUGGCGGAUCAUGUGGCAUUACAGCUGAAGUCACGGACGAAACAGGGCAGGUUUUACUGGUGUCUGAUAACUCUUGGAAGUGCUCAAACAAAGAGGAAGACGGCUGGACUGCUGAUGGUUUCACUGAAGACGACAGUUGGAAACCAGCAGCGGAGAACCAGCCGUUUAUAACUGGGUGUUAUCUUUCUGAUGAGAGAGCGUGGAUUGGCAUGUCCAUGGAUAAGAAGGUUAUCUGGACUGAAAAUAAGGAUUCCACAGUUUACUGCCGUAGAGAAUUGCCACAAGGUAAAUACACUCUGCGACAAGGAAGAGACCCACAAGAUAGUUCAAUCGGAGCUAUCACAUGGUUUCCGAAGAAGGAUGGCAGUGGAAAAGGACAGGAAAAAGAUGAAAAAGAAAAGAAAAAGAAAGGAAAGCGUGAACGAGAAAGAAAAGCUGAAAUAGAGAGGGUAGCAAAGGAAAUUGAGGAUAGAAAAGCUGAAAGAAAGUUAAUAGAAAAGGAAAAAGCUGACGAAAAACGUGAAAGAGAACAAAAAGCUGAAAUAGAGAGGGUAGCAAAGGAAAUUGAGAAUAAAAAAGCUGAAAGAAAGUUUAUAGAAAAGGAAAAAGCUGACGAAAAACGUGAAGGAGAAAGAAAAGCUGAAAUAGAGAGGGUAGCAAAGGAAAUUGAGGACAGAAAAGCUAAAAGAAAGUUUAUAGAAAAGGAAAAAGCUGACGAAAAACGUGAAGGAGAAAGAAAAGCUGAAAUAGAGAGGGUAGCAAAGGAAAUUGAGGACAGAAAAGCUGAAAGAAAGUUUAAAGAAAAGGAAGAAGCUGACGAAAAACGUGAAGGAGAAAGAAAAGCUGAAAUAGAGAGGGUAGCAAAGGAAAUUGAGGACAGAAAAGCUGCAAGAAAGUUUAUAGAAAAGGAAAAAUCUGACGAAAAACGUGAAGAAGAAAGAAAAGCUGAAAUAGAAAGGGUAGCAAAGGAAAUUGAGGACAGAAAAGCUGAAAGAAAGUUUAUAGAAAAGGAAAAAUCUGACGAAAAACGUGAAGGAGAAAGAAAAGCUGAAAUAGAGAGGGUAGCAAAGGAAAUUGAAGACAGAAAAGCUGAAAGAAAGUUUAUAGAAAAGGAAAAAGCUGACGAAAAACGUGAAGGAGAAAGAAAAGCUGAAAUAGAGAGGGUAGCAAAGGAAAUUGAGGACAGAAAAGCUAAAAGAAAGUUUAUAGAAAGGGAAAAAGCUGACGAAAAACGUGAAGGAGAAAGAAAAGCUGAAAUAGAGAGGGUAGCAAAGGAAAUUGAGGAUAGAAAAGCUGAAAGAAAGUUUAUAGAAAAGGAAAAAGCUGACGAAAAACGUGAAGGAGAAAGAAAAGCUGAAAUAGAGAGGGUAGCAAAGGAAAUUGAGGACAGAAAAGCUGAAAGAAAGUUUAUAGAAAAGGAAAAAGCUAACGAAAAACGUGAAAGAGAGAGAAAAGCUGAAAUAGAGAGGGUAGCAAAGGAACUUGAGGAUAGAAAAGCUGAAAGAAAGUUAAUAGAAAAGGAAAAAGCUGGCGAAAAACGUGAAAGGGAAAGAAAAGCUGAAAUAGAGAGGGUAGCAAAGGAAAUUGAGGAUAAAAAAGCUAAAGUAAAGGCUGAAAAAGAAAGAAAAGCAAAGGAAGAGUCGGAAAGACAAAGAAAAGAAAGAGAGCAAGCUGAUAAGGAAAGGAAAGAAAGAGAACAAGCAGAUAGGGAAAGAAAGGCAAGAGAGAAAGCUGAAAAAGAAAGAGAGCAAGCUGACAAGGAAAGGAAAGAAAGAGAACAAGCAGAUAGGGAAAGAAAGGCUAGAGAGAAAGCUGAAAAAGAAAGAGCGGAAAGUGAGAGGACACAAAAAGAGAAGUCACCUGAAGCAUUGAACAACGGAAGGUACUGUGGUUGGAGGGAAAUACCGAAUACGAAACUAAACAUGGGUCUUGCAGGAAGAAUCAUGAAUAGGCUAAAUCUUGAGGAUGCCAAAGCCUUGUGCUUAAAAACAGAAACCUGUCAGGGAGUGGCCUGUAAGAAUUUUGAGGAAUGCCUACUCAGUUCAUGUACCAGUAAAGGAAGGAAAUACUUUAAAGGGUGGACAACUUAUGUUCCGAUUCCAUGUGAAUUUGAGACCGAGGGUUUUGGCAAGAAAGCUUAUGUCGCUUUUCAGGAUGCAUUUUGUGGUUUUAAAGCUUGUCUUGUAGACAGAUUCAAUUAUUAUUUUGGGAUGUAAGUAUGUAAGGCCAAGGGGAAAACAAAACAUCACUUUGAUGGUUAAAAUAGAAUUUGAAAAUUUAGUUAUUGAUCAGUGUAACUAAAUUUCAUGUUUAAAUUGAGAUUUUCAUGG